AUGCGAUUACUUUGGAUUUAUAGUCUUGCCUUGGUAUUCAUCCUUGCCUUAGUUCUUCAGGAUGUUAAUGGUGAUGUAUUGAAUCACAAAGCUGGUGAACCCAAGGAUUUAGCGCAUCGUGGUGCUUUACCAGGUGCUCGAGGUGAUCAUAAAUCACCUCAUGGUAGUGCUAGUCGAAGUAGUUCACGUGGAUCAGGUAAACAUGGUGGCAAAGGAGCUCAUCAUGAUGGUAAACAUAAAGGUAAAAAAGAUCACAAAGAUAAAAAAAACAAACAUCAUGAUGGCAAGAAACAACAUGCUGGUGGCAAGAAACCUCAUCAUUAA